GCAACUUAUUGAAGCAACAAGCUCAAAAAAUGUGCGAUAUUAGUAACAAUCGGAAGUUUGCCACCUUUGUGCUCCUAACGCGCCUCGUUCUGGCACAAAACCCCAACUUCCAGCCCCAAACUAUUGACUACAACCCACAAAAUCCCAACUACAACCAAAACCAAAAUGUGGACUACAAUAGUCAAAAUUUCGAGCCAGUGGACGAUAACAGGUUUCGGCCGAACGAGGGUUUUGACCGCGGGCCGAGUGGUGACGUCCGAGCUUUGCUGCAAGCUCUGGACCUGCAGGGCUCGCAGGAAUGCACGCGAAAUGUCGCCGCUCAGUGGGAUUUUGAAACGAAUGUCAAUCAGGCAACGCAAUUGGAAGCCUUGAAUGCGCAACAAGUCUACUCGCAAUUCCAGCACGGAGUUUGGGAACUUUUGAAUAAAGUGAGUCUCAGAAAUGUCCCAAAUUCUUCAGUGGCCAGGCAGAUUAGGUACUUGUCCAUAGUAGGCCCUGCAGCCUUAUCGCCAGACCAACUUGAUCGAUAUAAUAGACUGAUCAAUGACAUGCUGGCCAUCUACAACAGCGCCUCCAUCUGCGCCCUGAAGGAGCCCUUCAGGUGCGGCCUGCGCCUGCAGCCGGACCUGACCAACAUCAUGGCCUUCAGCAGGAACUGGGACGAACUCCAGUACACCUGGACCGAGUGGAGACGCAACACAGGCCAAAAUAUCAAGGACUUGUUCGAGCAAAUGAUCGGACUGUCCAACGAAGCUGCAAGACUGAAUAAUUUUACCGACACGGCCGACUACUGGAGCUUCCCCUUCGAGUCGUCGACGCUCAGUCUGGACCUGGAGGACGCCUGGGAGGACGUGAAGCCGCUCUACGAGCUUUUGCACGCCUAUGUCAGGAGGAAGUUGAGGGAUUAUUAUGGACCUGAACGACUUAAUCGGCAGGCGCCACUUCCUGCCCAUAUUUUGGGGAACAUGUGGGCGCAGUCCUGGAGCAAUAUUUUCGAUAUUAGUCAGCCGUAUCCAGGCCAGAAUUUCCUGGACGUUACUCCAGAAAUGCUCAAACAGGGCUACACUCCUCUUGAUAUUUUCCGCCUUGCUGAAGAUUUCUUCGUUUCGCUCAACAUGAGUGCCAUGCCCUUAGAUUUCUGGCAAGGUUCCGUCGUUGAAGAGCCUUUAGAUCGGGUGGUUUUAUGCCAACCAUCAGCCUGGGAUUUUUGCAAUCGUCGCGAUUUUAGGAUUAAAAUGUGCACAAACAUCAACAUGAAAGACCUCAUCACCGCGCACCACGAAAUGGCCCACAUUCAUUACUUCAUGCUCUACAAGAACCAACCAAAAGUGUUCAGAGACGGAGCUAAUCCAGCUUUUCAUGAGGCCAUCGGCGAAGCCGUGGGACUUUCAGUCGGAACCCCAAAACAUUUACAAAGCUUGGGCUUGCUGCAAAAUUCGGUGGCUGACUCCUCUGUUGAUAUAAAUUUUUUGUACUUGAUGGCACUUGAUAAAGUGGUGUUUUUGCCCUUUGCUUACGUUGUGGACAAGUGGCGCUAUGAUGUUUUUAACGGAAACGUGGGCAAAGAACAAUAUAACUGCCACUGGUGGCGUUUGAGUGAACAAUAUAUGGGGAUUAAACCACCGGUUUUGCGCUCAGAGAAGGAUUUUGACCCGGGGGCGAAGUACCACAUCCCGGCCAACAUCCCCUACUUGAGGUACUUUGUGAGCACGCUGCUGCAGUUCCAGAUAUACAGGGCGUUGUGCAGGGCCGCAGGACAGUAUGAUCCGGCUGAUGUUUCGAGGCCACUCCAUAAAUGUGAUAUCUACAGGAGCAAGGAAGCUGGGCGCAUCUUGACACAAAUGAUGGAAAAAGGCUCCUCGCUGCCAUGGAAGGAGGUCUUGUACCAAACCACGGGCGAGACAAGACUCGACGGAAGCGCAAUGCGCGAGUACUUCCGGCCUCUGGAGGACUGGCUCAGGAACGAGAAUCUCAGGACUCAGGAGUUCGUCGGGUGGCUUUACGACGGCGAUUAUUGCAAGCAGAGCAUCGAAACGGCCGGCUUGCAAGUGUAUGGUGGGUUUUAUAAUGGGGGGUUCACACGGAAGCCGCUUACGGUUACGUUUGUGGUUGCGUUACUGGUGUAUGUAAUGACAUGAUUAUUGUAAUUAAUUCUAGUGGGCGUGUAAUGUAAAUAUUUUAAGUA